AGCGUGGACGUCUGCCCUACCACACCGCCCUGGAGGCGCUCGACAGUUCUAUGAUCGUCACCAGCUGACACCCUAUGCCUCUUCUCUAUGCAUUUCUUCCUCUUCUCCCAUCACCGCUGGUCGCGGACUCUUUCGUUCACGCAUACAUCUCACCUCCUGCAUAGUCAUCCCACGUCUCAGAUUUCUUUCAUCAUCUUACCGCGUCGUUGCUACUCCUUUGCCGCCGCUCACUGCCAGUGUCCUUUCGACCUUCACUAUCCAUGUACUGCUCGCGAUGUUCGCGCUGCUCUUUUGACGUUUACGCAGCUCUUAUCGUCGGCGUUUACGUAUCUCUCAUCGUUGACGUUCACGACUCACGACCCCUCUGCUCAUCUCUCUUUAUACCUGAUUUAUCUCCCUCAUAGCAUACCGUGUAGCAUGAAAAUCCUGGGCUUUGGUCGCUAGCUAGGCUAGCCUUACGAUCCAAUAAAGAUCGUUGUAUUAUCUU